AGCCCGCCCGCUGCGACCGAGAGGGGCACCCUGCUCGCGGCUAAGGUGAAGGCGUCGGUGGGACCAGCCUCACCCAUCAGAAAACCUCUUCGGGUAACGGGGCGCCACCUCAGCGACAAUGUCCAGCCAGAUCAUUCCAGCCCUCCCCAAAACAUCUAGUAUCCUGGACCUGUGGAGGGAAAAGAAUGACCGGCUCGUUAGACAGGCUAAGCAGCUGACUGGGGAUUCUCGUCCAUCUUUGAGGCGACAGCAGUUGGCUCAAGACACACUGGAAGGGUUUAAGGAGCUCCUCAUCACUUUGCAAGGACUCCCUGCUGCUGUUCCUGCUCUUCCCUUGGAGCUGACUGUCACCUGUAAUUAUAUAAUCCUGAGGGCUAGCCUGGCCCAGGAUUUCACUGAAGACCUUACCCAGGAUAUCCAAAGGGCCCUAGAGAGAGUGCUGGAGACCCAGAAUCAGCUGGAGCCCAAGUCGCAGCAGAGACUCCCGGAGCUGUGGCACUCUGUCCUCUCUGCCUCCUCCCUUCUGCCGGAGCUGCUACCUGCCUUAUACUGCCUGGCCAGCCUUCAGGCUAUCCUCUGGAUGAGUACUAACCACCCGGGGGAUCUGGCCUUGCUGUUGCAAACCCUAAAUGCCAGCCAGACAGAGACCUCUGAGGAUCUGCUGCUACUGCUAAAGUCCUGGAGCCCUCCCGCUGAAAAGGCAGAUGCCCCAUUGAGUAUACAGAAUGCUGAGAGUUUGAGGGAUGUUCUUUUGACAGCAUUUGCCUGCCGCCAAGGCCUCCAGGAGCUAAUCACAGGGAGCCUACCCCGUGCACUAAGCAGCCUGCAUGAAGCAGCCUCAGGCCUGUGUCCACCUUCUGUGUUAGUCCAGGUGUACACAGCGCUGGGGACUUGUCUUCGGAAGAUGGGAAAUCCACAGAGAGCGCUGUUGUACUUGACUGCAGCCCUGAAGGUGGGAGCCACCUGUGCCCUUCCACUUCUGGAGGCUUCCAGAAUAUAUCGGCAACUAGGAGACACAGCAGCAGAACUGGAGAGUCUGGAGCUGCUGGCUGAGGCCUUGAGUGCCCCGCAUAGCCCCAUUCAUAGUUCAACACUCAAACUUGUUAUUGAGGUAGAAUUGCUACUUCCACAACCUGGCCCAGCCUCCCCUCUUCAUUGCGGCACACAGAGCCAGGCUAAGCACCUGCUAGCAAGUCGAUGUCUACAGACAGGGAGGGCAGAGGAUGCUUCGGAACAUUACCUGGACCUGCUAGCUAUGUUGCUGGGCGGCUCAGAGCCAGGGUUCUCCCCACCCACCUCCUCUACAGGGCCUUGUAUACCAGAGUUGUGUCUGGAGGCAGCAGCAGCGCUGAUCCAGGCAGGCCGGGCCCAAGAUGCUUUGACUGUAUGCGAGGAACUGCUCAGCCGAACCUCAUCUCUGCUUCCCAAGAUGUCCUUGUGGGAAAAUGCCAGAAAAAGAGCCAAAGAACUGCCAUACUGCCCAUUCUGGGUCUCUGCCACCCACUUGCUUCAGGGCCAGGCCUGGUCACAAUUAAAGGCUCAAAAAGAGGCACUUAGUGAGUUUAGCCAGUGCCUCGAGCUGCUCUUUCGGGCCCUGCCUGAGGACAAAGAACAAGGCUCCAACUGUGAGCAGAAGUGUAGGCCUGAUGUGACACUGAAACAUCUUCAAGUAGCUGCUCUGCUUAGUCGUGGGCUGGAAUGGGCAGCCAGUAACCAGGAUACCAAAGCCUUAAGUGACUUCCUCCUUAGUGUGCAGAUAUGCCCAGGCAACAGAGAUGGUUCCUUUUACCUGCUUCAGACUCUGAAAAGAUUGGAACGGAAGAAUGAGGCCGCUGCUUUCUGGCAGAAGGCCCAAACUCAGCCAGCACAGGAAGAAGCCACCUGGUCUCUUCCACUGUAUUUAGAAACCUGUUUGAGCUGGAUUCAUCCCCCUAACUGUGAAGCUCUCCUUGAGGAGUUUGGAACAUCUCUGCUGGAGUCUUGUGACCUGUAGUUUCCUUGUUCCCAGGAGCUUGAGCUAGGGCCCCUGUGGACCGUCUCCGUGGGGAGGGGUUUUC